UGGCUCUGCGUUCUCGAUAUACGUGUACAUAAUGUGUAGUUUUUGAAAAAUAAAAGAAAAUGGACGUCACCUUAUUAACUUCCUUGGCUAUUGUAAUUCUGGUUUUGAUUGUGAUUUGCAUGGUAUUCUUGAAGAGAAAACGCGACACUAUAGCUACGGAGAAGAAGCCAGUUAGUGCACAAGCUGCUCCAGAGAAGAGAAUAAGAAGGGCAGCGGGCCAAAGAACUACCAGACGUCGUUUGCAAGCAACUACAGUUUCACAGAGUCAAGAAGAUGAGAAUGCAGAAUCGGGGAACGAAGCCAAUGAUGAAGCAGAUGAGAAACCAGAUCCAUCUGAUCAGAAAAUAGGAGCCAAGAAGAGGGCAAAGUUAGCCGCUAAAGCAGAGAAGAAGAUGCAAAGAGAAAUAGCAAUAAGGGACAGAGAAGAGCGCAAGAAGAGGGAUCAGCUGAUUCAAGAGCAGAAAGACAAGCAAUAUGAAAAGGAACGCGAAGAGGAACAGAAACAGGAAGAUGCUGAAAAGAAAGCCAGAGAAGAAAAAGAGAAGAGGGAGUACGAAGAGUACUUAAAAAUGAAAGAAGCAUUUAGUGUAGAGGAUGAAGGCUAUGAUGAGGAUAGGAAAGAGGAUGAAGAAGAUCUAUUAGAAGCAUUUGUACAGUACAUUAAAGAUAGUAAAGUAGUAGUCCUGGAAGAUCUAGCUGCAGUCUUCAAUCUCAAGGCUGAAAACGUCGUUCAGAGAAUCACAGAGUUACAAGCGAAUGGAAGUCUAACAGGUGUAAUAGACGACAGAGGGAAAUUCAUUUACAUUUCUCAGGAGGAGUUCGAAGCUGUUGCAAAAUUCGUGAAACAACGGGGUAGAAUCAGCAUUGCUGAACUGGCAGAGAAUUCCAAUCAUUUAAUAAAUCUUGCACCGAAAAAUAAGAUCAACAUGGUGGAGGCAACAUAGAUUCUUGUAUAUGUAAAAUAAGUAUAUCGCAAUAAAUUUAUAUAUUACUGUAAAUGUGAUACAAGUAUCCGUCGAGGAGAAAUUAUAUAGAUGUUAUUUUAUAUAGAAUUAUAAAUAUUUUAUUUAAAUGUACAUCAGAAUCUAUUUAAAUACAGUACCUGUUUACCUUGCGCA